AUGGCGCCACCCGUAACUAAGGGUACUAAGAAAGCGAUCAAGGAAGAGCUUGACAGUGUCAAAAAGAUUAUCAAAGACACUGAGAAAGAGAUCGAACAGUUGAAGGAACAGAUAGACGAAGCUGGAUGGCAAAAGCUUGGGUUUCGGGUGAUAGUAACUGGGAAAUAUCCGCCUGACGAGAGAGUCGCGGCUCAAAGGAAUCAUGAAGAGGCUUGCAACAAGGAAAAUGACCUAAUCAGCGACAGGAAAAGGGCCGAGGGGCGUCUGGCGACACAGCAGAAGAAUCAAAGAAAGCUCGAAGAACAGUACCAAUCGGCAGUCUAG